GUCCACUCAGUCAGGCCGUCCGGAGAGCUGAUCCGUCGCGAUGUCGGGCGCAGCUUCUGGGUCGUCCGGCUCCGGGGCGAGCUCGGUGGGCUCCGUGGUGCGGCGCUUCCUGGCCGAGUACAGCAGCGGGACGCCGAGCCGCCUGAAGGUGCUGGACGCCUACCUGCUCUACGUCAUGCUGACGGGAGCGCUGCAGUUCGGCUACUGCCUCGGCGUCGGCACCUUCCCCUUCAACUCGUUCCUCUCGGGCUUCAUCUCCGCCGUGGGCAGCUUCAUCCUGGGCGUUUGCUUGAGGAUCCAAAUCAACCCACAGAACAAAGGGGAAUUUCAGGGGAUCUCACCGGAACGGGCCUUCGCUGACUUCCUCUUUGCCAGCACCAUCUUGCAUCUUGUUGUCAUCAACUUUGUGGGCUGAGAAGGAGGUUUUGCUUGCAGGUCCCGGACUUGGGUUGUUUGCUGAAGGCUCCCACCCCACUGAACUGGCACCACACCACACAUUAUGGACUCUUGAUUUGUUCCCUCGGUGGGAAGAGUGAAGGGGAUUUAAAAGUUUCCUUGAAAUGGCCAUUGCCUUCCCAUUUUCUGACUCUCAAUAAACCUCUUUUGUUACA